AGCAUGGAGAUUUCAUCUCAAGAGCUGCUAGAAUUUGAAAGUUACUUAUCGAAGUUUCAAGCAAUCAAUUGUGAAAUUUUAGCCAUUUCUUCUGACUCAGUCGAAUCUCACAACGCUUGGUUUCGUGCGCCAGUUGAAAAUAAUGGACUUAAUGAAACUGUUCAUUUUCCGCUGUUAGAGGAUAAGAAUAUGAAUAUAUGCAAGAUGUAUGGAGUUUCUAAUGAAGAUAAUGGAAGUGCUUUAAUGAGCAUUUUUGUUAUCGAUGCAGAAGGAUUGAUACGCAUUACAAUGAGCUUGGAUGCUGGUAUACACUUCUCUGCUAAAGAUAUACUAAGAAUGGUAACAGAAGUGCAAAUUAAAGAUAAAGCGGUAGAGGCAAACUCUGGAAAUGAAUAGAUAAUUUCUUGAGUCAUUAUGAUUUUUAAUAGUUGCACUAUCCUACUAUAUGCAUUUCUAAAUUAUCAUAAACACGUUAUUCCAAAUUGUUGUUCGCAAUUUCAAUUUAUAAUUUUAUUCAUUACUAUCCAUGUCUUCAUGCAUCAUACAAUCUUGUAUAUUUUAGUGCUUUUACCUCGAUUCUAUUUACCACCAAAUUAGUUUUUAUUCGUACACAGUGGCUGUCAGAUGAAGCUUUGCGAUCAUGGCACUUGUGGAAAUAUCACUUAGCAAUAUUUUAUAGUGUAAGGUUUACAUUCUUGAUUUCUCCUCUUUGUUCUUUAUUUUUAAACAUCACGAAGCACUAACGUUGUAUUUACUUUUGCUUGAUGUUGUUGCUACUUACUGGUAGCCUAGUGUGAAGUCAUAGAAAUUUAAAUGAAUAUUUAAAAAAC